UUUUCAGUUUCGAGUUUCGAGUUCAGUUACUUUAUUAAGCGCGAGAAGGACGGAACGCCGACUGAAAUCGUUCUCGCUGCGCAAAAAACGUGACGGUUCAGCUCGGAUCCGCGGGUUUCCUCCGAUAAUUCCACCUUCGAUUGCGACUGGACGCCGUUCGUUCGAUAAUCGAUAUAUCCGGACUUUCAGUGACACCCCGACGAGCAUUACCCGAUCCGAUUGACUUUUAAAUCGAAUUGUGCGUUAUUAACGUGGAUUAUUUUUUAUUUUUCGUUAAAUGUGAGCAUCCUAAAACUGGAUUUUAAUUGGAACGCCGUACUCGAGUAAAAUCCCAUAAAUACCGCCGACGGGAGACGGGAGACGGUUCUGUGUUUCCGUGAAACGGGCACAAAAAAGAUCGUAUAAUCUCGUUCGCACAAAUUGAAAAGAUAAGUAGGUAGAAGGCAAGCUAAUGUUCCUCAUCUUAGUUCGGGAUGGUGCGUUAUAUCUAUGUGUAGAAUAAAAGUUCAGUGGCCUGAAGCAAGACGCGCGACCACUCGCUGGCAAGUGCAAUUUUACGUGAACUGCAACAUGUGAACGGUAAAGGAAGAGCGAAAUAGUUUUUUGUUCUCGAGGAUGUCGUUGAAAGAGCAAAUAUUAAAUAACGAAGUUAAUCUUUCCACGUUAGAUCUGGCGGCCAUUCGACGUCUUCUAGAUGCCGAAUAUCCCACGUCUGGUACAUGUCCAAGUUGCGAAAUGCCGUUCGACAAAGGCAAGAAGAGAAAAUUGAUAGACAAUUGCGGACACGAGCGGUGCUAUUCUUGCAUGUUCACGAACGAAUCCUGCCCUCUUUGCCUGCAUAACGGAGUUCCCGCUGCCGAUGAUGACGGAACGCUAAAGCCAAAUUUAGGAAGUUGUAGACUAAGAAACUUAGAUGGCAUGUACGAAGAGACGCCACAUAUGAAUAAAUCCGAAUUAGUGCAACCUCGGACAAAACUCAAGACCAAUGGCUAUUUCAGCAUAUUCUCCCAGAGCCGAAAUAAUUUACACGACAGUAAAGUGGAAGUCGGUCAUCCGGAAAAACUGCCGAAAACACGACCGUCGAAUUCUCGACAUCGGCCUUCGGAUCAGAACAUCAUGACGCAAAGUUGCCCGACUCCCCCUCAAACGAGAAGGAAGUUUUACCUCGGCCCCAAAGCCCUGAAAAGCCCUUUACUAGCCAGAGGCGCUAAACAACAACCGGACUAUCCGGCUUCAGCGGCGAUGACAUCGUCGACGACCUCCACGGAAGGAAAGCAUUGGCCGAGUGUUAUUUUAGGGAAAAUACGAUCGCUCUGGAGCGCCGGAUCGAAAAGCAACACCGGCCUUAAUCAACUUCUAUCAGACGACGAUUCUCCUCACGGCAAAGCAGCCGCUCCGAAGAAGUCCACUGAAAACGACCUGUACAUGCGACUGGGCCUGUUGCUGGGCGAGAGCGCGAAGAAGUCGAAGAAAACGCAGGAGUCCUGCUCGUCGCUGACCAGCUACGACAUAUCGAGCGUCUUGUCGGCCAACACCAGCCCCGUUUCGACUCUAACGGGCAGCUCGGAGGACCAGCACCGGACCAAUCCGAGCUCCGACAGCGUCGCUUCGCUCAUGUCCCUGUCCAUAUCCGGCCAGAGCAACUGCAGUUCCAGUCCUCUUAGCAGAAGGCAUAGUGUAACUACUUCGCAAUCGACUCUCCAUGACCAAAUCAAGUAUAGGAAACCGGGAGCGAAGAUAACUAAAGCGGAGAUAUCGAAGCAUUCAGCGGAUCAUAAAAUGCGUUUGAAACAAUACGAAGCUCCCCAGCUCACCUUUAAACCUCUGUUUUUCGAGGUGCCCCUCCAAGAACCGGAUCCUUUGUUCAUCGGACGCCACUGGUUGAUCAAAGACAUAGAAGACAUUAUAAAUUCGUCUAGUCCGGGUGUUCUUCUAACGGGAAACCCAGGCACUGGGAAAACGUCUUUAAUUCUCCAAUUAGUCGAGCACAGUUGUUUCGGUCGCCGGAAGGAGCAUCCGUUUGGCCAAAACAACCCGCGCUCGCCACCGCAAUCGAUCUACUAUCAAAUAGAUUUGAUCAACGAGAAAAUCAGGAAUCUCGCCUCGUCGGUGGUGGCCUAUCAUUUCUGCCAAGCGGACAACAAUUACACGUGUUCGGUGCCGGAUUUCAUUCACUCGUUGGCCGCGCAGCUGUGCCAGGCGCCGCAGCUGGUCGCCUACAGGGACCAUUUGGUCUCCGAGAACGACCUGCAGAACAUUCUGGCUCUCAAAGAGUGCAUAGCGAAUCCCGACAUAGCGUUCACGCGGGGCAUUCUGGAGCCUCUCUCGUGCCUGAAGCGAUUGGGUAAAAUCGAAAACGUAAAUUGCGUGAUUCUCAUCGACGCUCUGUGCGAAGCCGAAUACCAUCGGCCCGACCACGGCGAUACGAUCACAACAUUCCUGCUCAAACAUAUCCCGAGUUUUCCGGCCUGGUUGAAGGUCGUUUCGACGGUUCGAACGCAACUGGAGGAAGUUACCAAGCAGCUGUCGUUCGCCAGGAUAUCCUUGGACAGCGUCCAGUCGAACGAGAACCUCCAGAAGGACAUAUUGGCUUACAUUAAUUUCAGGAUGCAGAACAACUCCGCCCUGCAGCUGGCUACGAGCGUCAAAAUCGAGAGCACGAGCGUGUCCCAAAACAAGUUCGCCCAGCAUUUGUUGGGUUUGAGCCAAGGGUCGUUUCUGUUCGUGAAACUUACGUUGGAUUUGUUGGAGAAAGGACAGCUAGUGAUCAAAUCCGCCGGAUACAAAGUUCUCCCCGUGAAUUUGUCCGAAAUUUAUCUCUUGCAUUUCAACUUGCGAUUUCCCACCAUACGUUCCUUCGAGAAAGUCGCCAAUAUUUUGAGCGUUUGCUUGGCCGCUCUCUAUCCAUUGACCGUUCUGGAAAUAUACUAUUCAGUAAACUCCCUGUUGGUCGAUAAUUUCCUGCCCUGGAACGAGUUCUUGCAGCGGUUCAAACUCCUAUCCGGGUUCCUGGUGAAAAGACUGGACAAUACUUACAUGUUCUUCCACUCGUCGUUCAGGGAAUGGUUAAUUCGAAGGGACGAAAACGACGCGGUGAAGUUCUUGUGCGAUUUACGAAGCGGACACGCCGGAAUAGCAUUUCGAUUAUCUAGAGUACAGACGCCUCUGGAUCCGGAGAAAACACUCGAACUCGGCCAUCACAUUCUCAAAGCGCACGUGUACAGAAGCAUGUCAUUCCAAUCUUUAACAUCCAGAGACCUCCAAGCUAAAUGGGUGGCGGAUACUUCCGAAAAUGUAUCAGAAGCCGUUUGCAACUUGAGAAACAUGUACUGCCCCAAUGUAAAAGUCUCCAGGCUGAUGCUUCUGGCUGGAGCCUCACCUAACUACAUCACCGAUCUUCUGGGCAACGCUCCUGUUCUUUGCAUAUACGCCAACGAAGGUAUACUCCCCAUGGUGUCGUUGCUACUGGAAUUCGGAGCCGACGUGGAACUGGCCAACAGCCAAGGAUGCACGGCGCUGUCUCUGUCAUCGGCCAAAGGCCACUGCGACGUCGUGCGCCAGUUAAUAGCGGCGGGGGCUUCCCCGGGACACGCCGACACCGGCGGCCACUGUCCUCUGGUGCACGCGGCCAGGAACGGUUACCUCAACGUCGUCGGUUAUCUCCUCGCCUGCGACUGGGUGACCAAAACCGACGACGACAUACCGAUCGCCGUCGCGGCGCAGCAAGCUCUGAUAGCCGCCGCGGGACAAGGCCAUUGCGAGGUGGUGGAAUAUCUGCUGGACAUGGCCGAAGUGGAUAUCAAUUCGCCGGACACCAUAACCGGCGAGACUGCGUUAUCGGCAGCUUCUGCCAACGGUUGUCACGGCGUUUGUUCCGUGCUGAUCAACAGAGGUGCUGAUCCAUGCAUCACCAACAAGAAGGAUUUAUCGCCUCUCCUGCUGGCUGUUAAGGAAGGACAUUGGGCUAUAGCCGAAAGACUGAUUCAAAAUUACGCUGCAAUCGAACAGUGUGACCCGAGCGGUAGAUCUCCUCUCAUGAUCGCUUCAGCCGAAGGCCAUCUAGGAAUCAUCGAGUUGCUGUUAGAUAAAGGUACUGAUAUAAACAAAGAAGACAAAGAAGGUUUGACUCCGCUGGGGUGGGCCUGCUUGAGGGGUAAACUGCAAGUAGUGCAGUGUCUUCUAGAAAGAGGCGCUUCGAUCAAUCAUACUGAUAAGACCGGUCGGAUCCCGUUAGAUUUGGCUGCUUUUCAAGGGAAUCAGGCGCUUGUGCAGUAUUUAAUCGAUCGAGGGGCGACUAUAGAACACGUCGACAUCAACGGGAUGAGACCUCUAGACAGGGCGAUAGGCUGCAGGAAUCUGCAAGUAAUCAAUUGCUUCUUGAAGAAAGGGGCCAAAUUGGGACCUGCGACCUGGAGCAUGGCGCAAGGAAAACCAGACGUGAAAUUGAUACUCCUAAAUAAGCUGCUGGAAGAUGGAAACGUAUUGUACAGAAAAAGCAGAUUAAAAGAAGCCGCUCACAGAUAUCAAUACGCAUUGAAAAAGUUCCCUACCGAAGAUCAAGGCGAACACAACAAACCGUUUCGUCAGCUCAAAAUAAAUUUCCUGCUGAACUUCUCGCGGUGCAAAAGAAAAUUAGGAGAGCUCCACGAAGCGAUCGAACUGGUCAAUCUGGUGAUUGAGCUGAAACCCGAAUCGUACGAGGCCUACUACGCCAGGGCCAAAGCGAAAUUGGAUUUGAAUAAAUUCGAAAGCGCUUUGUACGAUGUUAAAGAAGCGUUGAAUAGAGCGCCGAAGUGCGGAAACGAGCGGAAAAUAUUGGGUUAUUUGCUCGAGGACAUCACGACGAGGAUGUCGGGGAAAAACCUGUCGAAUAGGAAGUAUAUGGCUGUUUCGGUGGACACGUUGCACGAGUGAUUUGGUUCGAAACGAACGUUUAAUUACCGAUUUGCCAAGUGCCUUGUAAUAGAAUAAAGAGCUUGGUGGAAAUUGGAAAUUUUAUUCAAUAUAUUUUAGCGCGAAUAUUGUGUAUAUAGUAAUAAGAUGUAGAUUAGUAGUUUUUUUUAUUUUCUUUACAAAAAUCCUCGCUAUUUCAUUUUUAUCAAUUUAUUAUCGUUUUCCAUUCCAUUUUUAAUUUAUUGAAUUAUUUUUAAUAUGUUGUUUUAUAUAAAUUUUUUUAAUAAGAGCAUUUUGUUUCGGGAAUUUUAUUGAAAAAUUGGCGACGAUAUUUGUCCAAAAAAUACGUUUUUUUGUUAAUAUUUUUCCAUUGAAAUAUAGGAAAUUUUAAAAAUCUCGAUUGCUGAAAAUUGGAAAAAUAUUAAUACCAAAAAAAUUAAAAAUUUAACAAUACAGUGCAAUGCGUGUACGUAAAAUUGUUAACGUUUAUUUAUUAUUUGUUGAUUUUUGUGUGUUUCUCUAUUUGUUUCUUGCCAUGAUUUAUAAAUAUAUACUUGUAUAGCCUUAUUACAUAUCUUAAUUAUAUUUAUAUUGAAUGCUAAAUUAUUUUUCAGUAUUUCGAAAUCUUCGGUUGUAUCUGCGUGAGAUUUUUUUUUUCGUUUAAUUAUGAAAAGACGGUGCUAUGUAUUAAAUAAAAUUGGUAAAAG